CCCAGGCGUUCUGGGCUGGGGCUGGCGCGCGGUGGUCUGUCCCUGGGACCCCUGCGUCCGGGUCGCCUCUGGUGGCAGCUGGGACUGCGAGCGCAGCCGCAGGCCCGGUUGGGGCGUCGGAAGCGUUCCAGGAGCGAACUAUCAUUUCCAUGAAAAUCAUUGAAUUUCAGACCUUUUUACCUGGUUGCUGAAGGGCCUCUGGUGACACUGUUAACCUAGUUCAGGUAGCUGAAGGCUUCGGGGGAACCCUGACCUAGAGACAUGUCAGUGGCCCUGGGAGAAGAAAACGCAGAGCUGGAGGCAUCCGCAGACCCAAAGGGCCUGUCCUGUGGGAGGCGGAGCUGCAGGGCACUGGCAGUGGACAUCCUGGGGCCUGGGAAUGGGGCGCAGCUGCCACGCCUGGAAGCUGAAGGAGGUCCUGCCUCCCCCUUGCGGGGAGCUGAGGCACUGCCUGCCCCUGCCUGCCCUGGCCCCUCUGGAGCAUUCCAGCUGCAGGCCAGCAAUACCAGCCAGGAGCCGGGAGCCAGUGGCUGUCAGCCUGCUCUCAUUUGCCUGCUUCCUCCUGCUGGUGUGGGGACUAGAGACCAUCUGCACUUGGUGGGAAGCCAGAUGGAGGAGCCCAAGCUUUCUGCCUCAGAGGCACUACCUCAGACUCUAACUGUUUCUGGAGCCACAGCUCUUUGCUCAGGGCAUGAUGCCGAUACUGAAGACAACCCAUCCCCAGCUGUGUCACCACAGGUGCUGGACCUCAGCAGACAGCCUCACGUCUCAGGUUUCCCUUUCCCAUCAAGGUUGCGGUCCAUGGUGAGCCAAGGGGCCACUGCUCCUCAGGUUUCUGGCUGCUGCAUCUCUGCCUCAUCCCCAGACAGCAGUCUUCAGGGUCACCAAGAGAAGGCAGAGCCUCAGAGUUGCUCCCUUGCCAAGGUCUCCUCUUCCCUGGAGGUGGUUGUCCCCCAGUCAGCCCCCUGCGUGGUGGGGACAGGGCUCCAGUGGUCGCCAGAGCCUGUGUCCUCUGGGGGUGAUGCUCCUGGGCUGGGCAGGAGGCGCCUCUCCUUCCAGGCUGAGUACUGGGCCUGCGUGCUGCCAGAUACCCUGCCUCCUUCCCCCAACCGCCAUUCGCCGCUCUGGAACCCAAAUAAAGAGUAUGAAGACUUGCUGGACUAUACUUACCCACUUAGGCCCAGGCCUCAGCUCCCAAAGCAUCUCGACAGCUACAUGCUAGCUGAUCCUAUCCUGCAGGACUCAGGCGUAGACCUGGAUAGCUUCUCUGUCUCCCCAGCAAGCACCCUAAAGUCACCUACUAAUGUCUCCCACAGUUGCCCAUCAGAGGCCACUGCCCUGCCAUUAUCUGGACCCAAGGAGCCACGCCUUAAGCAGGGCAGUGUGGGGUUGGCAUCUUGUAGCCAGUUUGCAUCUACUCCCAGAGCCCCAGGCAGAAGGGACUCUCCUUGGGAGAGCAGAACACCAGCCCUGAGGGGCAUGAAGGACCGGCUACCCAUGGGCAGAAACCUUGAGGUGGGAUCUCCCGAGCUGAGGGCACAGGACAGAGGGUGGCUCUCACGAAGGCCGGACAGAGAGAAGGGGGCUUGCCAGGGUGUGCAGCGCCCUGCCUACACAGAGUCUGGAUGGAAAUUGGAAGAGGAGCUGGAAAGUGACGAUGAGUACCUUGCUCUGCCCACUAGGCUGUCACAGGUUUCUAGUCUGGUGUCGUAUCUAGGUUCCAUUCCCACCUUGGUGACCCUGCCCACUGGGGUGGCUGAAGGGCAGAGCUCCCUGGACGUGUCGGACAGUGAUGCACCAACUUCCCUCCCAUCGGACUCAAGCCAAAGCCAGCUUCUUUCUGGGGCUGCCCUCAGAGGUCCCAGGGCCCCUGAAGGCCAGAACCAUUGUUUGCUGCACUCCUUCAUCCAUGCAAGGGACUCUGCAGUGGAGGGCAGUCUGGUGAGCAGCCAGGCUCUGGGAUUCCCUUCUGGACCACUGAGAACAUGCUGCUCCUUGCCAGCUGUGUCGGACCAGCAGGCAUUUUCCGACCCAGAUGCUGAAGGACAGGCUCCCAGGAAAGGAGGAGAGGAGGGAAAAGAAUCGCUCAUGCAGUGUGUGAAGACAUUUUGCUGUCAGCUGGAAGAGCUGAUCCACUGGCUAUAUAAUGUAGCAGAUGUUACCAACCACUCGACUCGACCCAAGCCCAGUCUUACAGGUCUCAGGUCUUCUCUGCAGCUUUACCGGCAAUUUAAGAAAGAUCUAGAUGAACACCAGUCCCUGACGGAGAGAGUCUUACAGAAAGGGGAGCUCCUUCUUCAGUGCCUGCUAGAUAAUACCCCAGUGUUAAAGGAUGUCCUUGGGCAGAUCUCAAAGCAGCCCAGUGAGCUGGAGAGCCACGCAGACCGCCUCUAUGAGGCUAUCUUAACCUCUCUGGACAUGCUGGCGGGCUGCACCCUCAUCCCUGAUAGUACACCAGUGGCAUGCAGGAGUGCUGAUGUGAAGGGCAUUAGUCUGGUAAGUAGGCAACCUGAGAGAAGAGUCUGUCCCUCAGUGCUGGAUUAGGAUACAGUACCUGCUCUGACGGGUGGCUGUUCUUAAACUCUUGUUUAGUUAAAAGCUAUUGAAACAAGACGUUGGGAGGAGUUCCUGGUACAAAAAGGGAUGAGCUACUACUGCCAGGAGGAAGACUCAUGGUGGUGGUGCUUCCCGUUACUUCAGUUCACCCCUGUUGUUGGCUGACAACUAGCGUGCCUGCCCCAUACUCCCAUUUGUCUGUGCCUACUCUUUUCUGUCUGCACAUGUAUGCUUCUUCAGUACAGGACCAUAUCAGGCUGCCCCUCUUCUGUAGGCUCUUUUCUCCCAACUUUGUUUUCAAGCAACUCUUGACAGCACCAAGUGCCCAGAGACCCAGAGUCGGUGGUAACUCCCCACACCUUCUCUGCAUCUUCCCUUACCACUCCCUUUCCAAAAAAGGCUCAAGGGCUAGAUGGUGGGCAACAUGCCAGGGAAACUUUAGUGUUUUUUGGAUGUCUGGGAAUGUCAACAGAAGGAUACAAAAGUGGGGCUGAGAGAGCAGAGGGGUUUGGCGCCCACUGUGGGGUUGCCACUGCCCAACAUGAUUCCACAGGUGGACUGUACUUUCUCUGAAACAACUUCUCCAAAAUAUGGUGCUUAACUCAUAGAUUUUCCAGGUGAAAAUUCACUGUAGACGAAAGGUAAAGGAUAAGAUCUAGGUAGGUUAAGAACAAGGAGUCCCUGUAUUUGUAUCAAAGAAAUCGGAGCAAGUCAUUUUAAUUCUAAAAUGAACAGAGGUGAUUGUUGUCAUUUCUUCCUCUGAAGCAUUCUGUCAGUAACAGAUGUUUCUCUGUCUCUUUCAGGCAUCUUCUCAGGCAGGGAUGUAAUCUGUCAGCCAAAACCCUGCUAGUGGGAAACUUACAUGAAGUCCAUGAAAGAGCCAUUUAACACUGAAAUUCAAGGGUCAAACUUAACUCUAAUGCACUGGGGCUUUAAAUUGCCUUUCUCUUUCAUUGUGAGGGCUGUUGCAUUACUGUUUUUAUUUAAAAUGAAUCCUUCCAAACUAGUUUUCUGGUGCAUCUACGAAGAGCAUUGUGGCUUUGCAGUUUUUGAUAAAAAAACAAGGCUUAUUACAUGUCUUUCCUCUCCCUCUCUCCAAGUAAAAAAAGCAGAGAAGUUCCUAAAUUAGUCCACCUGCUGAAGUCUCUUAAAGAAGGCUGGUGCGAGAAAGAAGAGAGCAAAUAUUUGGUAUUUUCAGACAUGUAAGAGGACCCAAGAGACUUGGAAAAAGCGGACAGCUGGCCAGGAACUUGGGUCUUAUAAAGUUUAGGCUUGUAAGUCCCUCUUUGAAGAUUUUAGAAGAGACUUUUUAACUCUCUAAAUUUAUAGAAGGUUCUGAGUGAACAGAGCCUCUACAAAUUAUUUUGGGCUCUUAGAACACCUUUUGUUAUCUUCAGGGCUCCACCUGCCCACCUAGUAUCAUUAAGGAAAAUGUGCCAGGGACUUAAGGCCUUAACUGUUGUUGUUAAGCAGGGCUAUGCACCUUUAGGGUCCUUGUAGGACGCAUCAGCUGUCUAUUCCUGCUCUCCCUUGGAAGAGUAGUUCAAGGUCAGGGAAGGAAAGGGCAUGGAUCGGAUCACACAACCCAGUCAACUACAGAAGCUAAGGCUGUCAGUACUAAGGAAAAAAGGGAAUUCCUUUUGCUUGGUAGUUGCAUGUAAGUACUUUGAUAGGAAAAAAAAUAUAGAUCAUCCAUUUAAAGCAAAGUGAUGAGCUAUUGCUGGUAACCACAGAUUCUGCAAAAACAAAUAAGCAUCUUAAAAAAGUUUUAGGCCAUGAAUGAAUAAGGAAGGAAGAAAGCACCUUUUUUCCAUUUAUUUUUAGUAUUACAGGGGGCUCAGACUUAAGGGGAGGUGUGAGAUAAUAAGCACUUAAGGAUUUUUUAAACUCCUUCCAGAUUUUCAUGUGAGGAGGGUGCCUAAUUAAAAAGGGAAGAUCUUUAUGUAAAGAAAUGAACAACUCACCUUGAACCCAAAGAAGGAUGCUGGAGUAAUGAUUCACAUAAGCACUUCUGAUAGCCCCUCAGAACAAAACAUUAGUACAAAACUUAUCUUUUUUAAAAAAAGUUUAGGACUUUAGUUCUACCUGCAUAUGAACUGAAGUCCUAUUAUUCAGUGUGAACUUUUCUGCUUUAAAAUUUCUCAGACUUUAUAGUCACUGGAAAAUGAGCUUGCUGAAGUUUAAUAGCUAUAUAAAAUUCAGUAUUUCAAGUGCCUGCAGCUGUUAUUGUGUGAUUUUUACCAUAUUUAAGGGCAUGAUCAGAAUUAAACUAGUAUGAUUCUGCCAUCCCUAUAUAAAUCUUGGUUCCACACAUAGAUUUAAAAAGACUAAAUAACUCCCUAGCAAAUAAUUAUAUAUAUGUAAAAUAUUAAAAGCCUGGAAUUGGUAAAAAAAAAAGGCAGAUACGUUUAAUGGCCUCUGUUCUUAAAUAUUUCACCUUUUCAUGGUACAUGCUUAGGAGUUAAACCCAUUUAUUUACUAGUAUUUGAUAGGCAUGAAAAUAAAUUUCUAUUAGGAAAAAAACCUGAAAUGACAACCCUAUAGAAACAAACAAGCCAAUGUAACAGCAACUAAGCGAUGAAUAUGCCAUUGUAUUCCCAUUCAAUUUAGUUAUCCAUGUCAACUGACAAGAAUUUUUAGAGUAUUUUACUUUGGAGUACCCUGUUUGCCAAGGAAGUACCACUUUAUCUAGAGAUGAUCUAAGAUGUUUUUUGUUCAUCUCCUUUGAAAUAAGGUGUGACUGAUGGUACUCUACACCUAGCUGUGAAUGAAUGCUACUUAAGAGUGUCCACACAACUGCUAAUUUUAUCUUUAGCAGUGCUGUAAGAAGUUUGAGACCUCCCUUAAAACUCAAGCUGAAGAUACUGCUGAGCAGCAUUUCCAUGAGCAAAUGUGGCUGGGUUAGAUUCCAGUAACCUGACUGGCCAAUGUACUCGGGUGCACAUUAGUCUACGGACAGCAGUGGCUUACAGCGACAUUAACAGCUGCUAUGAAAUACAAGUCAACUUACAGUAAAUUUCCUAGUAGUCCCUUUAAAUUAGUAGAAGUUAAGUCCACAGGGAAGUGGCAGUUCUAAGAGCUGGACUGGAGUUUCAAUACCUGGGUUCCUGCUGCAGCUCACUGGCUAAUCACACAAGAGAUAAUGUCAAUACUAGGCUAUUCUGAAGCUUAAAUAGGAACAUAAUAAAGAGGGGUUGACUUAAACACGGUGUAAUGGUAACAUGUAUGCUAAAGGAAAUUUCAGUCCAAUGUCAAAUAAUAGGUUACAGCUUAGACCAGAAUGGCUGGCUAUUCUGCAAAAAUUUCCCAGAGACUGCAAAUGCUUAACUUUAAAACACCCUUCAUUUAACUAAAUUAUGGCAGCCAUUUAUACUUAAAAUAUGACAAGCAAUAAUUCCCUUUAUUAGGCACCCACAGUAAUUUGAAAUGUUGUACUUGAAAAUGGGGGUAGAAAUGGGAAUGUUUUUCAAAACUGCAUUUAUUGGCAUAUUCAUAAAAGCAAAUAGUAGAAGCAUGCUGGAAGAGCUAUGGCACACCCGUCUUGACUGUUAUGGGGGAAAUCACUAGACAGUUCAAAAUGUAUGUGACUGUUUACAUCUCAAAAUAAAUUCAUGUAAUGUUUUUUGCUAACUCACCAAGAAAAAGUAGACAGUUUGAACAGCUUACUGUAUGAAACUGAAAUGCACAGCAUCAUACUGUUUAAUGUUUGUAAUUAUCUACUUUAGAAAGUAAUUUCUGAACUCCUUUCUUUAUUAUACUGUAUCAAAAACAAACCUUUUGGAGCAUUAAAAAAAUCUUCACCCAAAUAACUAUUGGUAACUUGAGGCAUUUUUCAGUUGCCUUAUGUGAGGAUGAAUAGAUCCAACAAGCACAUCUAUAAAUACAAAGUAAACUAUGAUUUUAUUACGAAAUUGUCAUAGGUGGAAAAUUAAAUUGAAUAUUUAUUCUGUUCAUUUCAUUUUACAAUAAUCUUAUCACUUAUUUUUGUACCAUGUAUUUCAAUUGCCUGUUUAGUGAAAAUAAAGAAAUCUCUAAUUUU